AUGGCCGCCGUCGAACGCCGAAUGCGUCGUAUUCGCCGAUUUCAGCCAAUUGAACGGGUAUUUCGGGAUCGUAAUAAUCCAUUGGAGAAUUUAAGUAUGCUAGAAAUCUUUAGCAGAUAUAGAUUUAUGCCCGAAUCUAUCCUUGUGCUCACCGGAAUGAUAUUUGAUGUAUUGGAUUCACCUACAAUGCGGUCGUUACCUCUACCACCACUUUUAAGUGUUCUUGUGACAUUGCAUUUUUAUGCGAGUGGAUCACAUUAUAUGGCCAUUGGCGACAUCCAUGGUAUUUCCACAUCAUCUGUGUGUAGAGCAGUGAAAAGAACAACUACAGCAAUAUGUCAGCUGCUUCCAACGUUCGUGAAAUUCCCUGCUGACUUUGCCUCAACUCAGCGCGAGUUUUACAAUAUUGCCGGAUUUCCGAAAGUUGUAGGAUGUGUAGAUGGGACGCAUGUGAAAGUACAGGCACCAACUGAGAAUGAGCCAGAUUAUGUCAACAGGAAGGGAGUACAUUCAAUAAAUGUACAGGUAAUGUGA